AGUUAAUUUACCAAUAAAAUACCAACAAUAUAUAAUGGAUCUUAAAAUACAAGGAUAUUUUAUUAUUGGCUAUUGUAGAAAGUCAAAAACGACUGCGGAUAAUGAGACAGCGACCAAAUGCCUUCAAUCUAUGGUUCUUGGAUUGAAAGAGAGCUCCUUAGCGCAGAAAAUUUAUGUAACUGUUAGCUGUAAUGCUGGUACGCCAUUUAAAAAAAGAGAUCUAAAAAAAAAUGCGAUUAUUGAUCAGCUAUCGGGUGUCAGUGGCAAUGCUAAUACGUUUUUAGAGAUAUUUUAUUACAAUUAAAUUUUACCCAAUGAGCACACAGAUAAAUACUUAUCAAAAUUGCCCGGGGAGGUUCAAGGAAAG